UUUAUUAGACUUUGGUGUCAUAUAGAUUAAGUGUAUUUACUAGGCUAUAGAACGAAUAAGAGAAAUAAGUAUAUUAACUGGUAUUAUGCGAGGGUGGUUAAUUACGUUACGCGUUUAUUCUCUUUUCCUGUCUCUGUCAGUCUCAUCUCUCGAGUCUCUGUUUUCAUAACGUUAAUGUUCUAUUUUAGAACGUCAAAAAAUUGGAACAUUUUAUAGAUCAUUAAAAUUUUUUUUUAUUUGACGAUAAAAAAAGAGACAAUGACAAAACCACCCAGCGAUAAUGAUAUAGUAUGGUUUAUAAAUGGAGGGGGCGACGACUCUGUUAUUGUAUUUGCGGAUCAACGCUCGAAUGAUAUCGAUAAGUUAUGUACUGACCAAGUAUCGACUGAUUCAUUUAUUGGGAGCUAUUUUGAAAAGAUUCGAAAAGCUCCAAAAAGAUUAUUUUGUACUAAAUCAGAUUUGGAAUCGAUAUCGCUUAGACAUCCUCCUAAGAAUAUUAAUGAAAUUUACAACACUGAGAUUGGGUUUCUCUCUUAUGCCGAAUCGAUAGAGGAACGAAAAGGGUACCCAAAGAAUCUUAAGGUAAACAAGGGACAACAAAAAAUGGAAUUGGAUCGGCCACCUAGGCCAACUUCGCCUAAGAAGUCACGUUUGUCUGAUCGGCCUAUAACUGGAGAAUCCGUUUGUUUCGAAGAAAAGAGAAGAUUAUCGAAGAAAGCUAAUAAAUUAGAGCAAGACAAAUUCUUUGGUAGUUUUCAGAAAGCCGUAAAUAAAAUUUCUAAAUAUGUUCCGUUAAAUAUCGGCGUUGUCACUCGCUCUAUGAUAAGGUGCUUUCAAGGAGAGUCGCCUAUCUUCAAAAGAUAUGAUGAAAUGAAUGACUCUAUAGUUAUUUCUAAUCGUAGAAAACGUGUAAACAAGAGAAAAAAAUUGAAAAUUUCAUUAAAAAAAAAUAACUGUAUCUAA